AUGCGGUCCACCGAUAUUGCUGCGGCUCUCGCAGCCCUGGGGCCCGUUGCCGCCACUAACGCCCCCGCGAUCAACCUCAACUGGGGACAGAACGAGAACGCCCGAAGGCUCGCCAACAUCUGCGACAGUGAUGCUCGUCCCGACAUCAUCACCCUCUCCGGCGCCUGCGUUGAUCCUACUGCCAGGCCCUCGAUCGACUGCCGUGAGGUCCUAGCCGAUGCCGCGAAGUGCCAGGCCAAGGGCACCAAGAUCCUCGUCAAGAUCACUCCCGGUACUGAGGGAUUGGUUAACACCUUCGUCAAGACGUUCCCUACCGUCGACGGUUUUGACCUGACCAUCGACAGGACUCUCGAGAACCAGGAGGUCGUUGCCAACGCGGCCGCGAGGUUCCGUGCUGCCGCCAGCAAGCCCAUCUUCCUUGCCGCCUCUCCCGAGUGUGCCGCCUCGUACGAGCAUGUCACUAAGUCUGAGGCUCUGGACUCGGGUCUCUUCGAUGCCAUCUUCCUCGAGUUCAACGGCGAUGCUUCGUGCCCCACCAUCUCCGGUGCCAAUACCUGGGAUGUCGUCAACUACCAGGUCUGGGAGGACUACCUCUCCAGCGCCGAGUACAAGAACAAGGACACCAAGCUCUUCCUUGGUCUUAGCGGUGCUGAGGCCGGCGCCAACAAGCUCAUUGAGGAGAUCUUGAACGACAAGGACUUCACCCACUUCGGUGGUGUUUCCAUGUGGGAGACCGACUCGGCCGACCUCGACUCCAGCCGAUACAACGCCGGCGUCCGUGAGGAGCUCAAGAAGCGAACCAUCCGCAAGGUUGUCCGCUCCCCCGCGCCCGUAGCUGCCCAGCGCCCUCCUGCGUACAUCUUCCGACGUGACGCCCCUGUCGCUUACGUCCCUGUCGUCGCCCGCCACCUCCUUGCCCGUGCCGAGGAGGCCUGCGAGGGCGGUGUCUCGUCCACUGUCAGCUCGACUGCUUCUAGCACCUCGGCUUCCUCCACCGAGAGCAGCACUGUUGCUUCUACCACUGACAGCAGCACCACUGCCUCUUCCACCGAGUCUAGCACUGUCUCGUCCACUGAGAGCAGCACCGAGUCUACUUCGGCCUCUGCUACUGACAGCAGCACCUCUGCUUCGGAGACCGCCUCGUCUACUGAGUCUACCUCCGCCUCCGCCACUGAGAGCAGCACCGAAUCCAGCUCUGCCUCUGCCACCGAGAGCAGCACUGAGUCUUCCUCUGCUUCCGCUACGGAGAGCAGCACUGAGUCGACCUCGGCCUCCGCCACCGACUCUGCCUCUGCCACUGAAUCAAGCACCGAGUCUCCUUCCGCUUCUGCUACCGAGAGCAGCACUGAGUCUUCCUCGGCCUCCGCCACUGAGAGCAGCACCGAAUCUAGCUCUGCCUCUGCCACCGAGAGCAGCACUGACUCUGCCUCUGCUUCCGCUACUGAAUCCAGCACCGAGGGCCCCUCCGCUUCUGCCACUGAGAGCAGCACCGAUUCUGCUUCUGCCACCGAAUCUAGCACCGAGUCUCCCACUGGCGAGAGCUCCACCGGCUCUUCUGGUCCUACCGGUGGUAACACGUCUGAGACUUCCGGACCCACUGACAGCAGCACCUCUGGCCCCGAGCCUACUGGUAGCGACUCGGCUAGCUCUUCCGUUCCUACCGGCGACUGCACCUCCGACUCGUCCGGUCCCACCGGCGGUGAGACUUCUGGAACUGCUGGUCCUACUGGUGGUGAGACCUCUGGCACCACUGAGCCUACCCCUAGCGGUUCCGCCAGCGACUCUGCCAGCACUGCUGGUCCCACUGGCGAGAGCAGCUCCGAAACCUCGGGUCCUACCGGUGGUGAAACUUCUGGAACUUCCGGCCCUACUGGCUCUUCCUCCACCGAUGGCCCCGAGCCCACCGGCAGCGGAUCGGCCUCUGGUAGUGCUACUAUCACCACCACCGCUCCUCCCAAGUACACCACCAGCACCGUGUACCAGACGAAGACCUAUACCAUCACUUCUUGCCCUCCCAGCAAGGGUCCCUGCCACGAGGGUGAGGUAACCACCGUCACCAUUCCCUGGUACACCACUGUCUGCCCCGAGGGUGAGCAGCCCACUGGUCCUCCCGCCCACCCUACCGGCCACCCUGAGCACCCUGGUCACGGCGGAAACCCCGGCCACCCUGGCAAUCCCGAACAGCCUGAGCAGCCCGGCAACCCUGGCCAGCCCGGAAACCCCGAACACCCCGGUCACGGUGGAAAGCCUGGUCAGCCUGGAAACCCCGAGCACCCCGGCCAGCCCGGUAACCCUGAGCACCCUGGCCAUGGCGGAAAGCCCGGGCAGCCUGGCAACCCUGAGCAGCCCGGCAACCCCGGCAGCCCCGGCACCACUCUGUCCUUCACCCGUGGACCUCAGCCCACUGGUUCCGGACCCAGCCCCACGGGCACUGAGGGUAGCAGCCCCAUCUUCCCCCCUGUAACGGCGGGUGCUGCCAGCACUGGCUUCAGCCUCCUCGCCGUCGCGGCUGCUGCUUUCUUCGCUCUUUAG